UGGGUCUUCUUCGUUGCUACUUUUCCUCUCUCAUUCCAAAGAAAAAGUCUGUAAAACUCAUGAACACUGCAACAUUGCUUGCACGAUCUCUGAAACCAGAACCAAAAAAGUUAGGAUUCUUUAUCCUCGAGGAGUCCUCAUUCACUUUCUGUUAGCUUUUCCUUCGCUUUCUGGUUCAGCACAGAGAAAGAGAAAGAGAAAGAGAAAGAAUUUAGGUUGGUUUGCUUUGUACUUCAAAGGAUCACUUGUUCUUCGUUUUUGGAAUUGGGAUUUCUCGAAAAGGAAAAACGGGAUAUUGUUGCUGCACUUACCUCAUUUUUGGUCAAUGGCUGAGGAGAGUUUCAAUACAUCAGUGACCCCAGAAAUGAUGGAGAUAGAUGGAGGUGAUUUAAGAAGAAUCUCUGUGGGAAGACCAAGUAAUUCCAGAAGAAACUCCACCGGAAAACUGACUACUCCAAACAAUGGACAAAAUGUCCUCCCCCAUCAUAUUAGAGCUUCUAUUGGUUCUUGCCGCGAUGUAGUUAAUUUAAGAAGAAACUCUACUGGUAUACCAAGUUCUCCAAACUGUGGGGAAAGUGUUACUCCACAUUAUCUCAGAGCUUCUACCGGUUCUUGCCAUGAUUUCUGUAAAUAUGGAAGAAAACAUGAAUUUGAAGUAAAGCCAAGGUGUCCUAUACCAAAAAGACGAACAACACCUCCAUCCGACAAGCAAAUUCCCACAGAACUUGGAGUUCCAGCAGUCAGGAAGACAACAACAAAGGUCAAGCCGAAGCUUCCUCAUGUUUCCAAAACCCUUUCUGUUGAUUCCCUGAGUGUCACCAAGAAGGAAGUUUCAUCACCUUCAAAAAAAGUAGAUGUUUCUUCAAGACAAGCUUCAUCAAAUGAGGAAAAAAUAGCACAAAAUGAGCAGAAAAAGAAUUUGUCUGAAAAAAGCACUCUCGUGAAACUGAAAACCAUGACAGUGAAGCUAUCAUCUUCCACCGACGCUUCAGGAGGUUUGAUUGGCAGAAAAAACAGUGAGAUCAAGGUUGCCAAACAAACAGGGACUUCUAAAGCAGCUGUGAAGAAAAAAAUUGCAUCACCGGUGGCUUCACUGUCCCACAAACCUUCCAGUGGCAGAAGGAGCAGUGAAAUCAAGGUAUCCAGACAGGCAGGGACAUCUAAAGCAGCCGCAAAGACAAUUCUUGAAUCCCCAGCGGCUUCACUGUCCCCUAAACGUUCAAUUAAUAGAGUUGUGAGCUUAAAUGUUCAAAAAUACAGAAACGUGAAACUUGUGUCUCCUCUGAAGGACCAGAACAGGAUUAGAAAAUCUGAACCCAAGCAACCGGACAGCAAGAUUAUUCCAGAGAAAAUCCUGCAUGUUAUCAAGGUUGAAACCGAGAACAAAGUUCUUGAACCUUCUGAAUAUGGUAGUUCCAUUGAUUCUCCAUUAUCUCCAACAUUGUCAUCGCCAAAGUCUUCAUCCCUCCCAAAAUCUCCGGCUUUGUCAUUUCAUGAAGAAGAAACACAAGAAGAGACUGAAUACACUGAUAUCAAGGUUGAAACCGAGAACAAAGUUCUGGAAUCCACUACACUAUCUCCAACAUUAUCAUUGCCAAAGUCUUUAUCCGUCCCAGAAUCUCCAGCUUUCUCAUUUCACGAGGAAGAAGAAGCGCAAGAAGAGUCUGAAUACACUGAUAUUGAGGUUGAAACUGAGAAGAAAGUUCUGGAAUCUGCCAUUCAUCCUCCACUAUCUCCAGCAUUGCCGUCGCCAAAAUCUUCAACACUCCAAAAAUCACCGGCUUUGUCAUUUCAUGAGGAAGAAGUGCAAGAAGAGUCUGAAUCCACUGAUAAUGAGGUUGAAACUGAGAAGAAAGUUCUGGAAUCCGCUCAAUAUGGUAGUGCCAUUCAUUCUCCACUAUCUCCAACAUUGUCAUCGCCAAAAUCUUCAACCCUCCAAAAAUCUCCGACUUUGUCAUUUCAUGAGGGAGAAGCGCAAGAAGAGUCUGAAUCCACUGAUAUUGAGGUUGAAACUGAGAAGAAAGUUCUGGAAUCCGCUCAAUAUGGUAGUGCCAUUCAUUCUCCACUAUCUCUAAUAUUGUCAUCGCCAAAGUCAUCAUCCCUCCCCAAAUCUCCAGCUUUGUCAUUUCAUGAAGAAGAAGCUCAAGAAGAGUCUGAGUACACUGAUAGUGAAGUGGAUGAAGCAGAUGACUCUGUCUCAGAGAGUAGUGAAACUUCAAACUUGAAUGAAGUUGAAACUUCAAAAGGGAAUCACAAGAGAACACCUAGAAAGGCUGAUGAUAAAGAUUGUGCACCAGAGAAAUUGAAGUUCCGGAGGGGAAAAGUGGUUGACCUUCAGUCUGAGAAUAGUGGUCCAAGAAGGCUCAGAUUCAGGCGGGGAAGAGUCUUGGGGGAAAACCAAGAUAGCAAUUCCAUUAGAAAAAGAAGCUUUAAAAAUAGAAGAAUUGAGGAUGAUACAAAUGGUACUGACCCUGAUUCUGAAAAAGUUGUUUUAAGGCAUCAAGAUGUCCAGGGAAAGAAAGAUGCGCAAGGUUUGUUUAAUAAUGUGAUUGAAGAGACGGCAAGUAAGCUGGUCGAAAGCAGGAAGAGUAAGGUUAAGGCCUUGGUUGGUGCUUUUGAAACAGUUAUAUCUCUUCAAGAGAGUAAACCUUCAUCGUAAAACCAUCAAUUGAGUGGCAAGCAAAAUUUCCUUCUUUUUCCAUUGCUUGGUUUUGUAAAGAAAUGGUAGAAAAAUAAGCUAAGCUUGUAAAGGAGAGGAUCGAAUCUUACAAGCUUGUGAAGUUGCAAAAAGUAUACAAGUAGAUUACUUUGGUUGAGGUUAGAAAGCUCGGAUGACAGAGUCUGAUCCUGACAUGCUUCAUAUCCAUUUCUUGGAGGGGAUGCUGCUGCUUCUUUCAUCUUUUCUGAAUUUCAUACUAAUUUGGUUGAAUUGUAUUUUGAUUGAAACUAGUACAUAUUCUUGAUCGAACAGCAACGCAAUUUGGAUGGUUGGGUUGAAUCGUCUUUCUUUAAUGAUGUGAGAAAUUUACUGUUUUUGUGGAUA